CCCACAUUAAUAAAGUAAGUUACAUUAUUCAAAUUUAUACGUACGAGCGAAAACUAUUACCGCAUCAAUUUUCUCUAUCAACAAAAAAAAAAUUUCCCAAUUUCGAAACUUCUAUAGUCAAUAUGAUAAUAUAGAAAUCGUUACCCCACCGCUCCAUUUCUCUUUUCGACGCAACGUGCUACAACAAUAUCAGAGAAAUUUCCUCGACGAUUUUCACUCGACGCGUUUGAAAAACGAUGAGAAAAAAAACCAAUUUCACCUCCGGCAAAUCCCAAACGGCGAGAAAGCGACCGAAUCGAAUCACGUGAUAUUGGCACUGCGCAUGACCGGGGAUUCCCGAUCUGCUACAUGUCGUGUCCGCGGCCAACUACAAUCCGUUCAGUUCACGAGACGAAUCGCAUGCGAGUAUGUACAAAAACGAACAUUGAAAGAGAAAAGAAUACGAACGAUAAUAAUAAUAGUAAUUAUUAUUAAUAAUAAUAAAGGAGAAACCGAUGGAUUGUGUAUUACCGUUUAAAGUGCGAACAAAUCGAUUUAAAACGCGAAAAAGUGAUCUAACCUAACCUCAAAACAUCAAAAAAUUAAGUUUAUCUCGUAAUUUUAAUUUAGUGGAAAACUUUAUCAUUAUAGAUGUGCUGUUUCCGUUUACACAUUAUUUAACGACAAAGUGCUUUUAUUUUUCUUAAAAUUUUCUUUUUGGUUAAUAAUCGAAGAAAAUGUCGCGUAGUGGAGGGGGCAAUUACGGCGAAUCGAAGGGAUUCACCCCGAACAUUCUUCCAGAUGAGACUUCCCUAGACGACAAACAUAACCUGUACGAGACGUCGCAGGUGGACAGCGGAUUUUUGAGCGGCAACAUCCCGUCCGAAGAAUUCGAGAGCUCCAGCUCGAUGCGGCUGGAUAGCGGCGUUUGCGUCGAUGCCGUCACCAGAAGUUUUUCUGAUCUUAAUUUUAAAAGUAGCGAUGGCCUCAACGACCUCAACUCAGGAUCUAUCAAAAGUCCCAUUGAUUCAACUCAAACGUCACACACGCAAAAACAAAAUUGGGAAAUUUAUCAUCAACAGGACGAAGAUGGAAACACAUUUCUUCACCAUUCAGUGAUUGAACACUUCCCAGAAGUAGCCUUAGCCGUUAUUCGGGCGACACCGACCCCAACGCUUUUAAACACCGAAAACGACGAUGGCCAAACCGCUUUACAUCUAGCCGUUUUAACAAAUCAAUGGAAAAUUGCUCGGAUGUUAAUCGUAGCUGGCGCGAAACCUUCCCCUAUUAAUCGACAGGGGGAUUCACCUUUACACAUAGCGGCACGAAUCGGCGACGUGGAAUGUUGUAAAGCGAUUACUUAUCCAGUUCAACAACAAGAAAGGGAACGUUUAGGGCUUUCAUAUCCACCGCAUGCUUACGAUAGAUGUGAUUUGGAUCAAUGGAAUUUCGACGGUCAAACAUGUGUCCAUGUAGCGGCUUUACACAAUCAAUUAGAGUUCCUAAAGCAUUUGGUGUGGCUUGGAGCGGACGUGAACGCCCGAGAAGGAAAAGGGGGUUACACGAUACUUCAUUUCGCCGUUCAAAUGGGUGAUGAGCGUUUAAUACGUUUUCUACUAAGUUGUAGAGCUUUAAACGUAAGCGUUCUCACGUACGGGGGAAGAACCCCCCUCGAACUCGGUUACCCAGUUCAAGAGCACGUCAUCAAAUUGCUUAAGGAACAAGGGAUACCAUCACCAGAUCAAAGCGAGUACGAAUAUGAUAGCGAUGAAAGCGACGAAGACGAUGAUGUUUAUGGUCAGAUGAAUAUGUUAAGUCAACAACAAUCGAGUUUUGCGAUUGGAGCGAGUGCAUAAAAAAUAAAAAAAA